ACGCUAUUGGUAUGAUACAUUUUAGACAUCAUGCCAGUGUCUAAUCAAGGAUUCACUCCUCUUGAUGAGAUACCCGAGGUAAGGAAUGCUUUUCAAGCCAGCUUCAAUUUCAAGUAUGGAAACCUGUGACACGACCUUUGAUAUGGAGGAUUCAGCUAAAAACCUCUGUAAGCCAAGAGUCGACUCGGAAGUAAUGAUGAGCAAAGUGGGCGCAAUGUCGACCGCUCUUGGCAGCUGGAGCAAUAGGCCAAACACGAUGACCCCGACGUCCAGGACUAUCAGAAACUGUGGAUUCCUGUGUAUGUUAUUUCCUGUAAAGACGGUGCCUUUCAUUCUCUUUGUCACAGGGUACACAGAGCAUUGAAGUGUAUAGCUCCUCAUCAUAGUGCGAGGGAUCGGAAGACGAUCUGAUGUACACCUUUCGUUGGAGCCAUUGCAGCUGGCUGUGCCUCAAGUCCUUCGAGACACCUUACACCAUCACAUUAGAGCUCAGCGAAAGGUCACCUGUUGUUAUUGAUCCGCAGUACGACAUCAAUCUCGCAGUCAGACCAAUUCUCUGGG